ACGGUUAGAAUGACUUGAAACCCACCAUGAUUGGGCUACAGUAAUUGAGUAUCGUCAAUCUACAACUACACUUUUGGUACCAUGGCACCUUUAGACCCCGCCAGCAUCGCUCAGCUAUCACUUUAUGGAUCUCGCUUUGACGUGCAGCUAGGGCAAACUGAACACCGAGUAAACCUUGUAACGGCUUGGAAAGUACAAGAAGGCGAUCAUGUACUGGAGAUCGGUUGUGGACAGGGUGACUGCACCGCUGUCCUUGCUACAGCUGUCGGGGAAACAGGAAAAGUGACGGCCAUUGAUCCUGCACCCUCUGAAUAUGGCAGUCCUUGGACUAUCGGCCAAGCUCAGUCGCACCUAAAGGCCUCGCCCAUUGGAAACCGCAUGACCUUCCUCCGCUCGAAUACUGAGAGUAUCCUCGCUUCCGACGAUACAAUAUACGACAUCGCUAUUUUGGCGCAUUGCACUUGGUAUUUUGCUGCACCGUCCGUUCUUCUCGCGACUUUACGAUCUCUAUCUACUCGAGCGAAACGGAUCUGUAUCGCAGAGUGGGCUCUCUCAGCUUCAAACGUCGCUGCUUGGCCCCAUGUUUUAGCAGCUCUUACGCAAGCCUCCCUAGAAUGUCGGAAUCCCAAUUCGAAAUCUAAUAUAAGGACUGUUUUGAGUCCUGUGAAGAUAAAGGCGAUGGCUUUGGAGGCUGGGCUCGGCCUAGAAUCUGAGAUCGCCAUCCAAUCCCCCAUUGGGAUGCUCGAUGGUCAUUGGGAAGUCGCAGAAGUCUUGGGAGAUGAUUUUGGUAAGAAAAUCAGCAACGUGAUAGAAAACGACAGAGAAAGAGGUGUCGUGGAAGCUCUGAGAGACGCAGUGAAGGUAAGCAAAGAAAGCCUAUCGCCUGGAACGAAGAUGAGGGCGAUGGAUGUCUGGUGUGGGAGUUUCACUGGGUUCACCAGUGAGUACGCUGUGUAGUCGUCUAGGGUAAUCUGAAACCAGGUGUGCAUAAUGGCUAUUACAAUUCAUAACAUUGCAGCUACCAAACACACUUGAAUACUUCUUUCGUUAUCGAUUACAUUUCAUACUUUCCCUCUUCAUACGAACGUCUUAUGCAACUUUCAUUUGCACUUAUCCUAUGAUUAUCAAGGGCAAAAUAUAAGUGUACUGCUGUUA